UGCGCUUACGGUUCUCCUUAAAUAUAAUGCCCACUGUUUCUUCCUCGCAUCAGCAUUCUCGCCACCAUAAGAGCAGCAAGACGCUUUGGGUUACAAGUAGCUUUUGGAGGCUAUAGGACCUACGAGUGAAGUCAUGAUGAAUCAGAGAACAUCAUGGGCGCACUGGCUGGCACUGUUCCUGUUGACGGCGACCAGCGUAAAGCUACUGUCAGCCCAGGAGAUGGAAGAGCAAGAAAAUCACGUUUCCGAUAUCGUGUCCAAAAUUUACAAUUUUCUGGUCAGAAAUGGCGAGAUUGAGCUUCUGGGUCACUACUGUUCUUAUUCCACGCGUCCAUACUUUCUUCGAUGGCAGCUGAAGUUCAAGACUAAAAUUUGGUGCCCGGGCUGGACGCUUGUCUAUGGCAGCGCCAAGGGCAACUCCAGUGUGUCCAGUAGCUUGCAAGAUGCCAUCGUCAAUUUCGUCCAGAAAGCUUACCAAGAAGACGUCAUAAGCGAGGAGGAUGCCAAGCCAUGGUUGCAGGGACGAAAAUGACUGGUUCCAAGGUCGUCCGCGCUGCAAUGACUAUCGCGUAGCAUCUUCCAUUCAGAGGGAUUUAUGUGUGAGAUUUACUCUUCGGGUUAAGGAUGAAUGCAUAUAUGUAUAUAUACAUAU